CCGCCGUCGCCCCCGCGCUCCGCCUCGGCCCCCGCACAGCCCCAGCCGCCCGGGCGCCGAUGGAGGCGGUGGCAGCGCUGAACGAGAGCGGAGCGGCAGCCCCCCGGCUGCAGGCCGGCGGCGGCAACGCCUCGCUGGAGCUCUCGUCGCGACCCCCCGCGCCCGCCGCCCUCAACCCCUGGGAUGUGAUGCUCUGCGUGUCCGGCACCGCCAUCGCCUGCGAGAACGCCCUGGUGGUUGCCAUCAUCUGCUACUCGCCCGCCCUGCGCACCCCCAUGUUCGUGCUGGUGGGCAGCCUGGCCACGGCUGACCUCCUGGCGGGUCUCGGCCUCAUCCUCAACUUCGUUUUCCAGUACGUGAUCCGCUCGGAGACAAUCAGCCUGCUGACGGUGGGCUUCCUCGUGGCCUCCUUCGCCGCCUCCGUGAGUAGCUUGCUGGCUAUCACGGUCGAUCGCUACCUCUCCCUCUACAAUGCCCUCACCUACUACUCGGAGAGGACGGUGCUCUGCAUUCACACCAUGCUGGCGUGUGCCUGGGGGGUCUCCCUCUGCCUGGGGCUGCUGCCCGUCCUGGGCUGGAACUGCCUCCAUGACCGUGCUGCCUGCAGCGUCGUCAGACCCUUGACCAAGAGUAACGUGACGCUGCUGUCUGCCUCUUUCUUUCUCAUUUUCCUCAUCAUGCUCCAUCUCUACAUCGAGAUCUGCAAGAUCGUCUGCAGGCAUGCCCACCAGAUAGCUCUCCAGCAGCACUUUCUGACUGCUUCCCACUAUGUCGCCACCAAAAAAGGAGUCUCUACCCUGGCUAUAAUCCUCGGGACUUUCGGAGCCAGCUGGCUGCCUUUUGCCAUCUACUGCGUGGUGGGGAAUCCUGACUACCCUUCUGUGUACACGUAUGCCACGCUUCUACCCGCUACCUACAAUUCCAUGAUCAACCCCAUCAUUUAUGCCUACAGAAACCAGGAAAUCCAGAGGUCCAUGUGGGUGCUCUUCUGCGGCUGCUUUCAGGCUAAAGUGUCCUUUCGCUCCCGGUCCCCCAGUGAUGUCUGAGUGACUUUUCUCUGCCGUACUGCACAGAGUGACAAUCUCCCGAGUGGACUGUUACAGUGCCUGUUCUAAACUUCAAACUACAUUGUGAAAUCAUUGGACACAUGCUUAAGUAUUAGCACUUUAUACAUAUUUGUAUCUCUGAGAGUGGUUCAGGGUAUGGAGUUUUGGGUUCCAUCAAAAUAAUAACAAUGUGGUUGUAUAUAAAUCUGCACAUCACAUUUGUGAAGACAUUCCGGUACUGCUUAAUUAUAGCACCUUAUUUCUAGCUGCUCACCUGCCAAAACAGUGUUGCCUUUCUGAAGGGCAGAUAGAAAGUUGUGUUUGUGUUGUAUUUAUACGUGUGUGUGUUUGGGGGGGAGACGGGGCUGGGAGUGUGUGUAUGUAUGUGUGUAUCAAUACCUUGCUGCACAAUAUUGAUAAAUUAUAACAUUUUGUAUACAAAUAAAAAUAUGUAAAAUGUAAUAUAACUUUGUGUGUUUAGAUGCUUUUAGACAUAAGAGAGUUGGCAAAUUUGCCUGUUGAACAAAGUCCCUUGAAAGCUCCCCAUGUAAUUCUGCCUAAAGAGAUCAUCAUUCACUAUAGAGAUGAAAUA